AUCUCCCACCUCGCAGUUCCCAGUGUGCUUUCUGCCGCGGCUCCCGCCUCUCGCACGCCCUCACACACGCCCUCACAUGCGUCCUCUCACGCCCUCACACGCCCACUCACGCCACGCCUAAAUACCUCCGCUAAUUUUGCAAAACUAAUAGUGCAAAGGUGGAGAAAAGGAGAAUUUUUAAAUAUGUGCUGGAGAAAAAUGUUCUCCGUUGGCAGAUGGUGUUGAAAAUUAUUGAUAAACAUGUGUGUGCAUGUGAUGAACGCAGGUGAUUGGCUGAGGCCCCGGCCAAUAGCUCAUGGGCUCAACCAAUGACAAGACUGUAUUGGCCUCUCACUUCUUCGGCGGGAAACAAGAAGUCACAACACCAUAGGCAUCAUGGCGACCCAAGUGGCUAGGUGGAGCUCAGCCCAGAUCAGGUAGAGACGAUCCGCAGCUGCACAGAGGUCGAUCAUGAGCCUUUCAGAGGAAAACAAGUCUGAACCGGACUUGUAGAGCUCUACCAGCUCAGUCAGGUAGCAAGAGGCUGACAAGAAGGGUCCAGCUUCAAAACUGACCGCUCUCAACCUUGCUUGCCCAAGAAGAUCUCGAACUGACUUUCCCGUUUCCAGGCUGCAUUAAAACAGCAUUUAGGUGAACUUCUGAAAAACACUGAAGGGACUUCAGGCUGUUUGAGGAUAUGUAUCUCCUGGAAUCUGCCCUCAUAAGAAGAUAAUCGCUAGAAAACACAGAGCAUUUAGUCUAGUCUACGUAACUACGGAAGCAAAAAUUGUUCUGCGGAUAAGAAGAAUCUCACGUAGAGGUGUGUCGCUGCUGCUGCUAGUAGCCGCCACAACCAGGGGUUCUCCACACCUAAGGAGACUAUGGCCACCAAGUUCCUUCUUCGGUGCCUACUACUGAAUCUCUUCCUCUGUGACUUCGUAGACGCCCUCUGGUGGUCCCUGGGGAGCCGGGCCAUCAUGGACCACUCCCGCAUAUGCCGCAAGAGAGGCCGCAGGCUGGCCAAGGACCCGCAGAGUAUCAUCUGCCGCAAGCAACACGAAGUCUUUCUGCUGAUCCUGCAGGGAGCACAGCUGGCGCUGCGGGAGUGCCAGUACCAGUUCGCUCACCACCACUGGAACUGUUCUGACAACCGUCGCUCCCUCAAGAGAAUACUCACCAGGGACACACCAGAGACUGCCUUCUUGAACGCCAUCGUGUCAGCUGGUGUCAGCCACGAGGUGACAGCUGCUUGUUCCAGGGGUGACCUGGUGCAGUGUUCCUGUACUGACUCAGCUCUCAACACCGUGUCUUCUGAAAGAAGAAGAAAGAAGGUCCACGGGGAGAGAAGGAAGAACAACGAAAUCUCUAAGAGACACAAACAACAGAGAAGAGAGAGAACGGAAGGAAGAAGUACAGAAGAAGGGCGAGGGAGGCACUCAACAUCGCGGCGCAACAGAGGGAUCAGAGAGGCACAGCAGGGAGGCCUGCAGCACCCACAGAACUCCUUUGUAACGCGAGCAGCAAGACUGCAGCUGGUAAACGAUGUCUCCCCUGGACCGGGAUCAGUCUCGGGAAUGGGGAUGAUGGCCGCUGGGGCGGAAAUGGCUGGGAAUGGGAAAGAGUGGGAUUGGAGUGGCUGUGAUGACAACGUAGCGUAUGGUCACCGUGUGGCCAGGGACUUCAUGGACUGGAGGUACCUGAGAGGACAGGAGAGCAGGGAUAUCAAGAGCAUUGUCAUGCUCUGGAACAAUGAGGCUGGCAGGAGGGCAGUGAAGAACCACCUGGUGCCACACUGCAAAUGUCACGGACUCUCAGGGUCGUGUACUCACAGGACCUGCUGGAGGAGGAUACCCACCUUCAGGAGCGUAGGACGUCACCUCAAGGAGAGAUUCAACGCUGCCAUCAAGGUGAUUCCUAGUAAUGAUGGGGAGACGGUCAUUCCAGAGGCGGACUCAGUCAGGUCACCGAGAAAGCAGGACCUCGUUUACCUGGAGGACUCUCCUAGCUUCUGCAGCCCUAACAAGAGGACAGGAUCGCUGGGUACCAGAGGUCGUAUAUGCAACGCGACGUCCUACGACCUGGCAGGAUGUGACGUUAUGUGCUGUGGUCGUGGAUACACCCAGGAGGAACACUUUGUGGAGGAGAACUGCAGGUGCCGCUUCACCUACUGCUGUGAGGUGAAGUGCCAGAGAUGUCACCGCAAGAGGCUGACGUCUCGGUGCAGAUGAAGCAGUGAUGUCAUCUCUGACUGAGAGACAUCAAAACACUAUAAGUGAUUAUAGAAAUCCUAAUAAUAAUAAUUUUAAUAAACAUUUAGUGCCAUAGUGUGGAACAAGGCCUUUCGCACCGUCACCAGUCCUUCGUCAGGAGCAAUC